AAAAUGCUUGUUUUGAACAGAGGCAUAUUUACUACUGAAAAAACCCGAGAAAUGUUUCCAGACAAUUGACAUAUUUGAUUACUAUACUAAGGUAUGAUUGAUUAACUACAUCUAUAUAUAUAUAUGUGAGUACUCUAAUUAUGGUCUAAUAACGUCGCAAAAAGGGUUUCGAUUACAAGUGGAAGAGUAUCCUAGUGACGCCACCUCCUUUACGGCAAAUGGAAUAUGGCGGAGGGUGAGAAAUCCCUAGACGGACUGGAGCUCAGCAAGCAAUGGCUGGAGGCUGCAGACAGCAGGGCGGAGCUCUUCCGCUACCUGAAGGAGCAGGUGCCACAGAUAUUCUGCCUGAAGAAGGAGUCCAGCCCUCAGGAGGAAGAGGAGCUCAUGCAGAGCAGACUCCUCCUCCCUUUAGAGUGCUUCCUGUUUGGAGAGGAUCCUCAGGAGGGUCUGGAGAAGCUCAAGCAGGGCAGCACCUCCUCCCAACUCUGUGGACGUGUUUUUAAAGAGGGAGAGACUGUGUACUCCUGCAGGGAUUGUGCAAUAGAUCCCACGUGUGUCCUGUGCAUGGAUUGCUUCCAGGAUAGUGUGCACAAAAGCCAUCGCUACAAGAUGCACGCGUCAUCCGGCGGGGGCUUCUGUGAUUGUGGGGAUGUAGAAGCCUGGAAGAUUGGCCCAUGUUGCUCCAAACAUGACCCGGGGUCAGCCACUGCCAUGGUAACGGAUGAGUGUGCGUUGGAGCCUGAGAUAUAUGAGCGUGCUGAGAGGCUGUUCCGGGUACUGCUCCACUACGUCACAGAUUUCUUGGUGUGGGAGGAGAGCCUUGACCUAUCAGCUGAGCUCCAGCCCCGGACAAAAGAGAACGCAUACUACUGUGUACUGUACAAUGAUGAGCACCACUCGUACGACCAUGUGAUCUACACCCUGCAGCGUUCUGUUAACUGUGAUCAGGCUGAAGCACAGACACACACAGCACUUAUUGACAAAGAGGGUCGGCGGGCAGUAAAGAGAGGAACCCUUCGUUCCUGCCAGCAAGCAAAAGAUCUCAUCAGGUCCAACUCGGAGCACAUUUCCCUGCAGCCCCUACGUGUGGAGAUCCUUCAUGCAGCAGUAAUGGCUCAUCAAACCUUUGUUCUGCGCCUCGGCCCCUGGUUCCAAAAGAUCAUCAGUUACUCAGUGGGCUUCAGGCAGGCCUUCUGUCAGGUGGCACUAGAGACCAACACAGACGGAGAUCAGCCUUGCCUCAUCAGCAGACUCAUGCUGCACGAUGGCAGGAUGUACAAAGGUGCUCGCAAGAUUGUACAUGAACUGAUAUUCUGUAGCAUGCUGAUGGAGACAGAGUUCAAGAGGCUUUUUGCAAUUGAAUUUACGAAGCACUAUAAGCAGCUGCAAAAGGACUUCAUAAUUGAUGACCAUGAGAGGAGCAUAUCCAUCACAGCGCUGUCUGUUCAGAUAUUCACUGUACCCACUUUGGCCAGACAGCUCAUCGAAGAGGGCAAUGUCAUUAAAGUGAUAGUUGGUACAGUCAUGGAUUUGCUGCUUGAACAUCUGGAUGACAACAAUCGCUUCUUCUUCCUUGGCUACAACUCCGACAAGUUCUCACGCAUCCAGGUCAUCUUCCACGACCUCAGGUAUAUCCUGAUCAGUAAACCCUCAGUUUGGACUGAAGAGCUGCGGAGAGAGUUCAUAGAGGGAUUCAAAGUCUUCCUUGGGCUUCUCAAAUGCAUGCAGGGUAUGGAGGAAGUGAAGCGCCAGUUUGGUCAACACAUUGCGGUCGAGCCAGAAUGGGAGGCUGGCUUUUCUCUUCAGAUCCAGCUUCGCCACAUUCUUGCUAUGUUUCAGGACUGGUGUUCCUCUGAUGAGGAGAUCUUGCUGCUUGCAUUUGAAGAGUGCCACACAGUCCUGAUGCAGUGCAAUAACCAGCCCUUCCACAGAGAGGCCACGGACUACUACAUGUGCAAGCACAUCCUCCAUGUUCGUCCAUACAAAGUGUCUCAGGAGCCUGUCAGCAUCCAUCUGCCCAUCUCCAGGUUACUUGCUGGCCUGUAUGUACUUCUGUGCAGAACAGGGGCUGUUGAACGCCUGAAUGAUCUGGGGACCUUUGACCGCACCCAGCUGGCAGAGCAUCCUCUGCGCUGUGUGGUGCUGGCUGCACAGGUCUCAGCUGAAAUGUGGCGGCGAAACGGGCUUUCAUUGGUCAGCCAGGUCUACUACUAUCAGGAUGUAAAAUGCAGAGACGAGAUGUACGAUAAGGACAUUCUCAUGCUUCAGAUUGCUGCUUCCAAAAUGGACCCCAACCACUUCCUCAUGCUGGUCUUGUUGAGAUUUGAGCUCUUUGAUUAUUUCAAUGGAAGUUGUUCAAGCAAGGACCAGGAUGAACUGAUACAGUGGAACCGCUUGACAGAAGAGAUGCUGUACCUCCUUAUCGCCAUCAUUGGUGAGCGCUAUGUCCCCGGUAUCAGUCAGGUGACCAAAGAGGACGUGACAAUGAGGGAGGUUAUCCACCUGCUGUGCAUUGAGCCCAUGGCUCAUAGUAGCCUGGUCAAGGGUCUGCCGGAGAACGAGAGCCAUGAAACCGGCCUGGAGACUGUAAUUGCCAAAGUUGCCACCUUCAAAAAACCAGGAGUUUCAGGGCACGGAUUGUAUGGUGUAAAAAAAGAGCGUCUGGUAGAAUUCAAUCCUUUCUUCUACCAUUAUUCAAGAUCACAGCAUAGCAAGGCAGAAGAGUCUCAGAAGAAAAGAAGGACUCACGAGGGCAAUGAUAAAGCUCUGCGUCCUCCGGUGCCCCCAACCUUCUGCCCAGCUUUCUCCAGCAUAGUGCGUCUGCUCUGCUGUGACAUUAUCAUCCACGUCCUGAGACGCGUCCUGCAGAGAGCUGCAGAGGACCGGUCGACUCAUUGGACAGAAGCAAUGAUCCAGAGGGCCCUGCACUUGAUAGGUCAAGCAUUGCUGGAAGAGAAAACACAGCUUGAGGAUAGCACUGUGGAGGAAGUGACCUUUGAUUUCAGCCUCAAGGCCCGCAGAAUCGGUUCAGAACACGGCAAGUCGGUGUUCCUCUUGCUGUCCAAGAUUAAGGCUGUUCCUUCCCUUGAAGCUCAGAAAGACAUGGUCAAAUGGGUUCUACAGAUGUUUGAGAUUGUGAAGUGCCUUAGAGAGAAGUCCAGUCCAACAGCCUCCAUGAGUAUGGAUACAACCAGGCCAGAGGAGAGCGCUCAGGACAAAGAGAAAGCUGAGCGCAAAAGAAAGGCAGAGGCAGCCAAACUCCACCGGCAGAAGAUUAUGGCCCAGAUGUCAGCAAUGCAGAAAAACUUCAUAGAGUCAAACAAGAUGCUGUAUGACAACAUGCCAGAGAGUGGGACACAGGGAGAGCCUGUUGCAACUGCUGAGAGCUGUGCCAUGGAGCACAGGGAGCUGUGUGUAGCCAUCGGGCCCCACAGAGGCUGCUCUCCAGCCGAGAGGGAGGUGCUCACCUGCAUUCUUUGCCAGGAGGAACAGGAAGUUGUGGCCCAGGCUCCCGCCAUGGUACUGACUGCGUGUGUCCAGAGGUCCACAGUGCUGACACAGUGCAGAGGAAAGAUCCCGACCAAUAGAGCAGAUGGGACAGGGACAUCAUAUCCCCUCUUCAUGCCUCCCGAACUGGCAGUUGGGACCCACACUGGCAGCUGUGGACACGUCAUGCAUGCCACGUGUUGGCAGAAAUAUUUUGAGGCGGUUCAGAACAUGACCAGGAACCGGCUCCAUGCUGAGCUGAUCAUCGACCUAGAGAACGGGGAGUACUUGUGUCCCUUGUGCAAGUCUCUGUGCAACACAGUUGUCCCGCUCAUCCCGUUUGAAACGCUAACAUUUAACUAUGAAAAUGCAGAGAUAAUUGGACAGCAUUUGACUUUGCCUCGCUGGAUCCAGAUCCUCUCUGCCAGGAUUAAAGGACUCAAGUCAAUCGCUCAGGAUAAUGAAAGCAACACAGAAGGCAGCAGUGUUGAUGGGGACACGGGGCUGUGUGGAGAGGGCCAGCCAGACUUUAGAUCCAUUCUGAGCUAUGGAGUACAAGAGCCGAGGAAGUUCUCCGACAGCAUAGUGGAGAUGCUGGUUGUUUGCGCCACCACAGUUCACAGGGUGGGACUGCAGACGGCACCCAAUGAGCUGUGCCCACGUGUGCCCCUUAUGGCUUGGAACACAUGUGCCUUCACUAUUCAGGCCAUUGAAAACAUAUUGCAGGAGGAGGGAAAGCCACUCUUUGGGUCCUUGCAAAACAGACAGCUUGCAGGUCUGAAGGCAAUUGUUCAGUUUUCAGCAGCUCAGAGACUGAAGAGCUCCCAGGCUGUCAUUCAAAGGCACUUCAACGACAUGUUAGGGGUGUUGCUACCAGUCAUGGGCCGAAAGAACACGCCUUCUCUUCUGGAGGUGGACUUCUUCCAUCUUCUGGUGGGCUUGGUGUUGUCUAUCCCGGCUCUGUAUCAGGAGGAGGCCGUAGACUUACAGCCGUCUGCUGUCAGCUCCGCCUACAACCACCUGCACAUUCUGCACCUGGUCACCAUGGCUCACAUGCUGCAGGUCCUCCUUUCCUCUACAGACUUCCCUGCAGUAGUUGGAGAGGAGACGGAGGAGACGAGAGCAGCAGCAGAGCUGUACGCUACAGUGUCACAACACACUGAACGGCUGAUUCCAGAUGUGUCCGGCAGCUCUGUGGCAGAAAGAGUGAAGCAAGGAAUCGAACCUUUCCUGCGCUCUGUUGCUCUCUUUUUCAAUUGCCUUACAGGAGUCAAUCCUCCAGAGGAGCUUUGUAGUGCUGCUGUUUCCUCUCAAGGACAGAUGGAGGCGCUAUGCAGCUACUUGGUACUUCCCUCCAAUGUGUUCCAGCUCUUCCAGGAGCACAGAGACCCUGUUUCUCCACUGCUGCAGAGGUGGUGUGGAAACCCAGCUGUUACCAAAGCCCUUAAAGGCAAAGUCCAGACAGUCAGAUACCCCAGAAGAAGGAAUCGUUUGAUUGAUCUUCCUGAGGAUUACAGUGCUCUCCUCAACCAAGCGAGCCAUUUUCAGUGCCCCAAGUCUACAGAUGAUGACAGGAAGCAUCCGACCUUGUGCCUGUUUUGCGGAGCCAUGCUGUGCUCUCAGAGCUCCUGCUGUCUCACCCAGCUGGAUGGAGAAGAUGUGGGAGCUUGCACCGCUCACGCUGCUACCUGUGGGGCUGGAGUGGGCAUGUUCCUCAGGAUAAGGGAGUGUGAAAUUGUACUGAUGGCCAGUAAGACUCGAGGAAGCACAUACCCUGCUCCUUACCUGGAUGAUUAUGGGGAGACUGAUCCUCACCUUGGAAGGGGCAAUCCAUUGCACCUUUGCCCAGAGCGCUACAGGAAGCUGAACCAGCUGUGGCAGCAGCACUGCAUCCUGGAAGAAAUCGCCCGCAGCCUAGAGGUGGUCAAUGUUAUGUUUGCCUUUGAGUGGCAGAUGUUGUGAUGAUUGCACCAGCUGUGGUGGCUGGGAAGUAAAGAGCACAGCCAUAGAGCACAAUAUGCUCCAGUGCUCCUAAGACACACACACACACACACACACACACACACACACACACACACACACACACACAUACGCACACACGACCCUCCUACAAUCACGGGAGGUCUGAGCAGCCAAUCCCUCCCUGAUGAAGUCCCUGCUGGAGUCUACAGAGGGUGGGACAGUCAAAAGAGGAAGAAUAGUGGAGGGUGAUGAAUAAUAAGUAAACCCAAGUCGCCUUGUUUUAAUUUGAUUGUCUGCUGUGAGAAUGAGUUUCUCCCAGAGUAAAGUUAUUUGCAAAGAGGCUCAUUCUAAUAAAGACAAACAUCAGAUACACACCAACAUGUUUCAGUUAUCACUUCAUAUCUUUGAUUUCUCUCAGUAAUGCUGUGAAUUUCCUGCAUGCUCUUUUGGUGUUAGAUGUUAUGAUUUGACAGAAGUUAUAAUGGUUGAAUUUUGCUCUUUUGGAAGCGACGUUCAUUUAGAAAGAAAGCAUGAUCCCAGAUUUCACACAUUUUUGCUUUUGCCCAUUAAUUAUGUAGACGGUCCAAGUGAUGGAGCCACAUCAUACAGUCACCGUUACUCACAUAUAGAAGCAUAUGUGCUGGAUAAAACAUUCAGAGAAUAUACAUUAUUUUCAAAGUUUUAUUAAAACAAACUCAGUAUUCUGAUAAAGUAUGAAGUAACUUCCAUGAUUUACUGAUAAAGAGGCAUUUAAUGAUAAGCAGACAGUAUAAAGUUGAAUUAAUAUUUCAGCCACAUUUUGAUGGUUAAGUCCUCACUGACCUUAAGAAUUAGUGAAUGAAAUACACGAGCAUCGUUGGCAUACUAUACGGUAUUAUGAGAUGCCCUUUUAUAAAAAGAAAACCUAUUAGGCCAAAGUGAUCAUGAUUAUCAGAUAUCUGCUGUAUGUUUGUAUUGAUUAGAAGUUAUUGAGGGGACUGUUGCUAGACAGAUUGUUAGUCACAUUUCACCAUGUGGUCGUAAUCCAUUUAAUACAAAUUGAAUUUAAGUUCAAAUAAAAAUAUUUCAAUAUUCUA